AUGGCAGAUAAAAAGGUUUUAAGGUCGUCCCCAAACCUAACAGAGGAACUUAUGAGAAUCUAUGAUCAAUUAAACAACUCUAGAAAAUACCCAUCACAAAAAAAAAUUGCAGAACAAAUAAUAAAAUCUAAACAAUUUGAACAAUUUACACCCAAUCAAAUUAUAUCCAAGAUUAGGAGUAUGAAGAAAAAAAUAUACCCUGCCUCCUCAUCAGCAACUUCAAGUAUAUCAAACAGCCCCACUAUAGAAUUAGCCAAUGAAAUGGAUUCUAUAUUUGAAAACAGAUCAACUACAGGUAUUACAUAUGAUGAGGAGGACCAAAAGGAUGAUUCAGAAACCGAGCAAAAUGAUUAUUACCAAAAGGAAGAGGAGGAUGAUAUCGAUGAAGAAGAGACCGAAGAGGAAUCAAAUAAAUACAUAGACAAAACAAAUGAGACUUAUACUGACAAUAAUAAAGAAAAUGAUGAAGGAGAAAAUUUUGAAAAUGACCUUUCACUUAGAAGAAUAUCAAGUGAAAGUUUACAAACAACAAUCGAAAAAUUAUUUGAAGACUCUUUAGAAAAAAAUAAAAAAAGGGAAAAUUCACCAUCAUUCGAAAAAGAUUGUAAUAAAAAGAAAAAGUUAGAUUUGCUUAAUCUUAAUAACCAAGAAGAUGAUGAAGAACGCACUUGGUACAACAACUUUAUCAAUGAAGAUAACAUAGACUCUAACCAAAAUGUAGAUUCAAAAUUUGAGGAAAUGCUAACAAGCUUGGGUAUAAAUAUUGAUAGUGCCACACAAGCAGAAAAUCUCUACAAUAGUAUUUUAAAUAAUAGCAAUAACACGAAUUACAACAAUAGCAGUAAUAGUAGUAUUUAUAAAAACUUUGCACUUGGUACAAUACCCUCCCCAACGGCAACAACUCCAACAACAACCCCAAUAACAACCUCAGCAACAAUUAAACUGUUUAAUGAGGACUCUAAAAAUAUAAUAAACGUAUCACCACCCCCAAAAAAUAAACAUUGCAACAUUGAAAAUGAGAAUAGUAAUAAUAACAAUGAAUAUAUAACGAGAGAAUAUUUAGAAAUGAAAAAUACUAUUCAAGAACAAGCCAAUACCAUUUUACAACUAAAAAGCAUUAUUGAUGAACUUCAUAUCGAUAGUAGAGUACUCUCAUCAGGAUCAGCACAGGUUAGAAGAGAUUCAGAAAAAAACCUUUUUUAUUUUUUUCCAUCACUCAUUUCAAAUGGUAUUCAAAAUUUAAAAAUUGAACCAUGUUUAUCCCCAUGCCAUCACAAAGUAAUAGUCGAAGAGUCUGGUAACGGUAAUUUCCGCUCCCAAAUAUUUUUAUUAAAAAAAAACAACGAAUACAACCCUCCAUCCAUUGUAAUUCAUAAUUCUCAAAUGUCAAUAUUUUUAAAGUAUAACCCGCCCGAAUAUUUAAGAAUGAGUUGUUCAUUAGAAGACACUUAA